UAAAAUUACGUGUGGAGCUAAAUAAUCUUUCGGCGUACACGUUUAUUAAAAACCGACCUGUAAACUUUGCGUAAUAUGGUAUCCGCAUAUUGUGAAAUAAAUAAAAUCUAAAAAAAUCUUUCUUCAGUUUUAAAUUCUUUCAGAAUGUUUCGUAUUGUCCUUUUAUUAUCAUACUUGUGCUUGUCAUCGUUUCCUUACAAUGCUGAAGGAAAAGCUGUUGCACUAACAGAAAAUAAUUUUGAUAAAUAUGUAGCUUCACAUGAUCUUGUAUUUUUAAAUUUUUAUGCUGAUUGGUGUAGAUUUAGUCAAAUUCUGGGCCCUAUUUUCGAUGAAGCUGCUGAGACGAUUGCAAAAGAAUUUGAGGGAAGUGGAUCUGUUUUGUUUGGAAAGAUAGACUCUGUUGCAGAAACAAAUUUGGCUUCCCGCUUCAAAAUAUCAAAAUACCCCACUUUAAAACUAAUUAGGAAUGGAAAGUUGAUGAAGCGAGAGUAUAGGGGUGCCAGAUCCUUGGAAGCAUUAACUGAUUAUAUUAGAGAGUUAAUGAGAGAUCCUGUGAAAGAAUUGGCUAUUCCAGAGGAUGUUACAAAUGUUGAUGCAAACAAAAGAAAAAUUAUUAUUUAUAUGAAGGAGAAACAAUCGCCUAUUUAUGAUGUUUUCUUAAAAGUUGCAAAAGAUUUGAGAGAUGACUGUCAAUUUUAUAUUAUUAAAGGUGAAUUGGCAAUGAAAGAAUUUUCAGAAAACCAAAAUGCAAAAAUAGUGUUCAGUCCAAUGAAGUCAAAGAUUGGAGUUCAAGAUGAAGUAUAUAUUGGUGCUUUGCUUAGUUAUGAUGAAUUGAGCGCUUGGGCUACAAAUAGAUGUAUACCACUUGUGCGAGAAAUUACAUUUGAAAAUGCAGAGGAAUUAACCGAAGAAGGUAUACCAUUUUUGAUUCUUUUUCACCAUCCAGAUGACACUGAAAGCCCUAAAAUAUAUUCUAAAGAAGUCGAAAAGCAACUACUUGAUGAUCGAACACUAGUGAAUUUUUUGAUUGCUGAUGGUGUGAAAUUUGCUCAUCCCUUGCAUCAUUUAGGAAAGAGUCAUAAAGAUUUACCACUUAUUGCAAUCGAUAGUUUUCGCCACAUGUAUCUAUUUUCUAGCUUCAAUGAUAUUCAUGUUCCUGGAAAACUAAAGGAGUUUGUUUUAGAUUUGUUUUCUGGAAAGUUGCAUCGAGAAUUCCAUUAUGGACCUGAUCCUGUAACUAGUGAUAAUGUUAUAUCAACAAACCCUCCUGAGUCAUCAUUUAGGAAACUUGCACCAUCUAGGAACAGAUACACACUGUUAAGAGAUGAAUUGUGAUAUUUUAAUUUUUUGUCAAAUAAGUGCUUGUCUUUCAUUUUGCACUUCUCACUUAAACAUGAACACAUCAAGAUCAACUAUAUGUGAGUGCUGGUUGUUCACUACUAUAUAUUUGGGAGAUACAGGAAGGUUGCCACAGGCUACUUAAAUGCAAAUUUUUGCUCCCCCUUUUUGGUUUUAGGCGGCUUAGGAGACUUUCUCAAGAGAAAAGCAAAUUUUCUUUCAAAACAAAAGUUUUCAAAAUUUAGCCUCUUGUUUGAUGAGUUUUAAUAUUAAUAAAGGAAAUGCUUCCUAGAAAAGUCAAAAUUUUUUAAAUAUUGAUUUAUAAAAAAAAAUUGUUUAGUAAAAUUAAUUGUACAGGUGCUUUUUUGAGCUACACUUGAUAUUUUGUAAAAUUCUAAGAAGAAACAAUUCUGAAGAAAGUUUAGUUUGUCUAUUAAAAAACAUAAUAAUUAUAAGGCAUUCUAUUUCAGUGCCAUUGUUACAGUGUGUUGAAAGAUAAAAUUUUGUCGAAUAUUACAAAUGUAGUUAAAAGCCUUUUAACAUUGAAUUUGAUUAAUGAUUAGUUGAAUUCUUCCUAAAAUUAGAAAUGAAUUAAAACUAAACUAAAUAGAAAUUAUGAAGGAAAUUUGUUCGCCAAGUUUGGUUCGCGAUUUAGCAAAUAUAAGCUAUAACUGAAAGAUAACUAUUAUUUUCAAAAUUAAACACAAUUACCGACAAAAUUGCAGGCUGAAUUAUCAUUUAAUAUAUUUAAUCUUACUUUAAAACAAUAAAAUUUAUUUGUUUAAAAAAAACUUGAUAUUACGUAUUUCUUGUUCCAAAAAGAAGUUUUUCCUAUUUAUUCAUGAAUUUGUAUUCCAAAACUAUCAAAACAAACAAACUGUAAAAUGUCGACUCUGGUUGAUAAGUCAGGUGGACACUGUAGUUCAGCGUCUCUUGCAACCAAUAUGGGCGAUGUAGUAUGCAGUUUUCCAGUUGCAUUGAUUAACAGAGACAUUUCAUAAAUUAGCACAGCCAGUAAAAAACUUAAGUGUUAAUUAGUACGACCAUAUGGUUCAGGUAAUGAUAGAAAGUAGUUUAUUCAUCUAAUAAAAAUAAAUUCCUUAAAUUUUUUCAUUAUGUCAUUUAUCUAAUCAUGUUAGUGCUACUUUUUAAGUUUCUCUGGUUCCUUUUUUUUCGCACUUGUUUAUUGCAUUUUUCCUGUGGCAACCCUGGAGACAUUGCUUUAAGCAAGAAAUCAACAAAGUAUUUGGGAUAUUUUGCAUCUAGUAUUAUGCAGUGCCUCGUUCUGAUGGAAUGACUUUUGUUUUUAUUAUUUUGGUUGCACGUUUGUGGGUGAUUUGCUGGCUUUAACUUUUUACUCACAAUGGUUCAACUUGUUUUCUUCAAACAGUUUUUGUAAGACAACUUCUUUUAUUUGAUAUGAGACUUUUAUAUUUGUAUACAUGUAUGGUAUCUCACAAACAGUUCUUUUUUUCACUCGGAUGAGAAUUGUCUGCCAUUCAGUUAAUUAUAACUUUGAAAUUAUCUAAGACAGUGGUGGCCAAACUACAGCCCAUGAAGCCGACCCGAGUGGCCAGUUGUUCUGUUUAAUGUUACAAACUAAAAACCAUGAGAAAUAUUCAGAAAUAUGUUUCUGAAUAUUUGUAUUGAAACAAAUGCAAACUUUACAGUAACAAAAUGAGUAUAAAGUAAUGAUAACAAUUGUUUGUUAGUAAUUUUCAUUUUUUCACAUGUUUUCCUGUGUUAUUUAGAAAAAAUUUAAAUACUGUUUGUUUUCCUUAGCCGAAACCUGACGCGAAUUAGUGCAUGCGUUAGGUUUGCUCUGAUAUUUAUUGUCAAAAUUGGGGUGGAAACCUGUAGGAAAUAGAAUGCAAACUAAUGUGCUCAGCAGUUCCUGUAAAAUAGCGUCGAAAAAGACAGCAAAUGCGAGUGGAAAAUGCCCCCUUUUUCAAAAUGGAAUCAAUCCCAAGUGCUAGUUUUGGCUUUUAAGAAUGGACAGUAGUUUUAAAUUUUAUGUGUUCUGGUCUGCCAGAAUCAUCUUAAUAUAAGGUGAAAGAAAAGGUUGAGUGCCACUGUUCUAAAGUUACUCUCCCCACAUUUCUUCUAAAGAAGCGUUAUAUAUGUAUGUCUAACGACAUGCCAUCUAAUCAAUAAUUUCUAUUAAAUAAAAAUAACUGGACUGUCCAAGCCCUUUUCCGAAAGUGCCAUGGUAUCUAAUUGUACAUUUUUAAGAAGCUAACUUUUUUGGAAUAGGGAAAUUUGUGUUGGUAGUUCUUAAAUUCUAUUAUUUUGAUUGACUGUUCUCACCCCUCUAUACUGGACUUUUUAUGUAGUCUCAUAUGAUGUGUAUAAAAUCAUUAAAAUAAUGAUUAAUGAAAUGUAUUUAUUGUCCGAGUAUUAGCAAAUCACAAAUUCAAAUUCAUCUUCUGCCUUCGCUUUUUUAUAUUAAUAUAAGAACAUUUUUAAUGUAAAUAUAUUGACAUGCAGGAAAUGUUGUAAUUACUUUAUAUUUUUUGUUAGGAAAUGUACAUAUUAAAGAAAAACAUAUGGAUAGUUUUAUAGAUAUACAUGUGUUACAAUAAAAUUUUCAUCCAGUGUUUAGGGCAAAAAUUGGUUGUCUGUAUAUAAAAUUUGUACAUAACUUCUAAGCUUUGUGACUACAUUUCAUAAUGUAGCUACUUUCUGCUGUAUAUAUGUUAUCAAAGGGGCUUUUAAAUAAAAAAAUAAAUUAAAUUUGGUACAAAAGGCUCCCUGUUCUUAAAUGUUUUUACCAUUUUAACUCUCAAGAUUUUUAAAAGCAAAUUUUCAACACUGAAAUAGGACUACUUUAAAAAUUGAUUAAAAAACAUAUCAACUCUAUCCCCUAGAGUUAAAAUCUAACUUAUAUUUAUUAUAUUCUUAGUUUCAUGUGCUUAUUUUCAUCUCUUAAUUUCUUUUCCUUUACUUUCUUUUGCAUUUGUUACUUUCACGGUCAUUGGAACUUUUGUCCCCCCCCCCCUUUAAAAACAUCUUUCCAUUUCACAAAGGGCAAUUGUAAUAAAAAUUGUAAUAAAAUUAAGUUUGUUUCACAAGUUCUGUGGAAAUCAUGUAACUUUAUUCAAGCAUAAUAAAUUAAUUC